AGCGCACGGUGCUCAACAUCCAAGUAGCUGCGCACGAGGACGUCCCGCUUCUUUCCUUUCUAUCCUCCCCAUCACUCCUGCCUGCCAUGCCCCCUGCCUGCAUCAUCUACACCGACGGCGCCUGCGUCAACAACGGCUCGAAGAACCCUUACAACCCAGGAGAGAGCGCCUUUGGCGUGUGCGCUCCUUGGGGGGAUCGCUCUGGACGUCUGCCAGCCGAUUUGAGGACUCAUACCAGCCAGAAUGCUGAGCUCUACGCAAUCUACAUCGCCCUCCGUCAGGCGCCUUACGAUCAGACGCUCCUAAUCCGCACCGACUCGAGCUACAGUGUCAACACCCUCAAUCAAUGGUGCUGGAAAUGGCGCAACCGCGGCGGGUACAAGUCGGAUGGUAAUACGCCUGCCAAUUGGGGCCUCGUGCAAGCCGUGAUGGGCCAACUCGAGGAUCGACGCGAGAAUGGUCAGAGAGUCCAUAUUGAGCAUGUACGCGGGCAUGCUGGAUUCGCAGGGAAUGAGAGGGCGCACGAUCUCGCCCAAAAAGGCCUGCCCCUCCAGCGCAAUGACUCGCCCCAGUCUUCGUACGACUCCGACUCCGACUACUACUACUGAUAGUCUCGUCGCGAGUCAGAUGAGCUCGCUGUUGCGUCCUCAUGCCGGGCCUCUGCCGGUGGAUGUCCACAGCAGCUCGUCUGUACCAAACGGCCCUGGCGGCCAUGUUCUGUGGCUUCUUCCUUUCCUGUGCCCCUUACCCUGCCUAUCUUUCCAGCUUGACCUCUUUCAUCCAAUCCGAUUUUUGGCCCCUUCCCCGCGAAUGGUGUGACGUCGCACCUCACAGCCUACUGUACUUCGAGCUGCCGAAUCUUGAACAUCCCG